AUGGCGCCGAGCUAUCCUCCCCUCUUCCAGCUAGAAGACCUUUCCCUCUUCAAACAGGACUCCUUCGUCAAUGGCGAAUGGGUCGGCUCCGCUUCAGGCAAACGUUUUGCAGUCCUUGACCCUGGAUCCGGAAAAGAAUUCGCCAGCUGCCCGAUCAACAGUUCAGAGGACGUCAACCACGCAGUGGAAGCCUCACACGACGCCUUCCAGCGAUACCAGCUCGUGACGGCCCGAGACCGCGCAAAGGCACUCCUCCGCUGGCACGACCUCAUCACAGCCGCGAAGCAGGAUAUCGCAACCAUCGUCACCUAUGAAACCGGCAAGCCUCUCGCAGAGGCACUGGGUGAACUAGACUACGCUCUCGGGUUCACUUGGUGGUUCGCCGGCGAGGCAGAGCGCAUUCAAGGGACUGUGGGGACUUCCUCUGUUAAAAAUCGCCGUAACUUUACCAUCAAGCAACCGAUUGGGGUGUCGGUUGCUAUGGUUCCUUGGAACUUCCCUGUUGCGAUGAUUCUGCGCAAGGCUUCUGCUGCGUUGGCUGCGGGCUGCUCGAUGGUUAUCAAGCCGUCGCCUGAGACGCCUUUGAGUGUCCUUGCGUUGGUGGAGUUGGCUGCGAGGGCUGGUGUUGAAAGGGGCGCUUUGACGGUCUUGACUACUGACUUGGAGUGUACCCCGGCUCUCAGUGAGAGUCUUUGCAAGCAUCCUUUGGUCAGAAAAGUGACGUUCACUGGGAGUACGCGCGUUGGAAAGUUGAUCUCGAGGCAUUGUAGCGACGGGCUGAAGAAACUCACUCUCGAGCUCGGAGGGAACUGUCCUUUUAUUGUGUUCGACGACGCAAACCUGACUCAGGCUGUGGAAGCCCUAGCCCUACUCAAAUGGCGCCAUGCCGGACAAGCCUGUAUCACCGCAAACAGAGUCUAUAUCCAAAGCGGAGUCUACGAUCAAUUCAAGAGCCUUCUCACCGAAACAACCAAGAAGCUCAAAGUAGGCCACGGCGCUGCACCAGACACCACAAUCGGACCCCUCACAACCGCAGCUGGAGUCGAGAAAGUCGAAGCCCAAGUCCAAGACGCAAUCUCCAAGGGCGGGAAAGUUGUUCUAGGCGGCAGGAGACCUGAACAUCUUGAUCCUGAUGCUGGUGGAUACUUCUACUCGCCUACGAUUAUCUCCGAUGCCACAGCAGAUAUGAUUGUAGCUCAUGAAGAGACCUUUGGUCCGCUUUGCGCGCUUUUCCGCUUCGAUACGGAGGAACAAGUCGUCAGGAAAGCUAACGAGACAAGCAUGGGAUUGGCGUCGUACUUUUUCACUCGCAAUGUCAGUCGGACGUGGCGGUUGGUGGAGAGUUUGGAAGCUGGCAUGAUUGGAAUGAACACUGGAAAUCAAUCUGCCGCCGAGGCCCCGUUUGGCGGAAUCAAAGAGAGUGGAUAUGGGAAAGAGUCUGGGAAGGAUAUUGCAGUUAAUGAGUAUCUUGUCACUAAAUCGGCUUCUCUGACUCUUGAACCGGCGGAGUCUGCUGUGAUUCUAGGUUAG